AUGCCUUCUGCUUUACGGAGAUUAUUUGCAACCAUUUUGGUGUAUUGUGAACCGGUUGGAGUCCGCAUAUUAUGGGAGGAAUUUCAUUUGUUUAUGGCACAAGACUACUCAACAUCUGCCUCUUCAAAUAAUCAUGUUGUCGUCAACCUAUUGUUUAGAGACCUGAAUGGAUUACUACAACAACAUGGUAAAAGAAUUACUGAUUAUGAUCUUCCCCAAAUUGAUACUCAGUUUGCAAAUGACACAAGAAUUGGAAGAAAUAUACAAGAUGAGUUGUCUGUGCAUAUUCCACCAGAAGACUUGGCCUCUAUUGAUACAUUAAAUGCAGAUCAACGUAAUGCAUUUAACAUAAUCAUGGCAGCAAUUAGACGUAAUGAAUCAGCAUCAUUCUUCAUAGAUGGCCCUGGUGGAAUUCUUGCUUCAUUAAGGAGUAACGGUCAUAUAGCAAUUGCCACAGCUACAUCGGGAAUUGCAGCUACUAUUUUGCCCGGUGGAAGGACUGCACAUUCACGAUUUAAAAUUCCAAUUGACUUGCUAUCCACAAACUCAUGCUCUAUAAGUAAGCAAUCAGAUUUGGCAGAUCUUCUACGACGUGCGGUUGUUCUUAUAUGGGAUGGAGCUACAAUGACUCACAGAAAAGCUUUUGAGGCUUUGGAUACAACUCUUAGAGAUAUAACUGGUGUCGAAAUGCCAUUUGGUGGGAAAGUUAUGAUUCUUGGUGGAGACUUCCGGCAAGUUCUUCCUGUUGUACCACGUGGUAGCAAAGCACAAAUGAUAGAUGCAUGCAUUGUAAAAUCUCUGUUAUGGAAUGUGAUCAAAAUACUCCCUUUGAAACAAAAUAUGAGGGCCCUACAAGACCCAGAAUUUGCAGAAUUUCUACUUCGUGUCAGUGACGGAAAUGAGCCAUUUGUACAAGAUGAUAUGAUUAGGAUCCCAGAUGCAUUGGUUAUUCCUUGGGUUGGUGAUGAAUCUCUUGGCCAACUAAUUGCUUCUAUAUUUCCAGGUCUAGAGGACAAUGCAUUUGAUAGCUCUUAUAUGGUGGAUAGAGCUAUUAUAACACCUAGGAAUGAGGAUGUGGACAAGCUAAAUGAAGUGGUAUUGAAUUCCUUUCCAGGUGAAGAUCAAAUUUAUUAUUCUUUUGAUAGAGUUGAAGAUGACCCUCACAACUUAUAUCAACAAGAAUUCCUAAAUUCUAUAGCUCCAGGUGGUUUGCCCUCUCAUAAGUUAACUUUGAAAUUGGGUGCACCCAUAAUGCUGCUUAGAAAUAUUGAUCCAAAAAGUGGGCUAUGCAAUGGGACAAGGUUAAUAUGUCGCGGGUUCUUUCCAAAUUUUAUUGAUGCAGAGAUUCUCACAGGCCAUUUCAAGGGUACAAGAGUUUUCCUACCACGAAUUCCUCUAAAGCCUUCAGAAAAUGUGAAGCUUCUGUUCUCUCUCAUACGUCGGCAGUUCCCUAUUAGAUUAAGCUUUGCACUAACAAUAAACAAAGCUCAAGGCCAAACAAUUCCAAAUGUUGGUGUGUACCUCCCUAAUCACGUCUUCAGCCAUGGCCAGCUUUAUGUAGCUUUAUCAAGAAGAGUGUCCAUACAAACAACUAAGGUCUUAAUUAAGAAUAGUGCCAUUGAAGAAGAACCUCGAGCUCACACAAGGAAUGUUGUUUUUAAGGAUGUUCUAACGUCAUGCCAAAGGCAAUGA